AAAUUUUAUAUGAGAAAAUCCGACGCCAGAGGACAUCAAGUGGAAGCGGAUUUCGCUCGUUUAGGAGUCCGAAUUGAGUUGCCUGAUAAGAGGCCAUUCCCAAUCGAUCAAUUCGAAUUGUUCGUCCACGAGGCUAUUCGAGAGGUUUUUGGCAGUUGUGGGCCUAUUGUUAAGAUUUCCGAAUACGACAGUGACCUACGUCGUGGCUCAAUCGUUGCUCCGGGCAACGAAAUUCAACAAGUUUGGGCGGCUCUUACGACGAAAGGAUCUUUCCAAGGACGACGAAUUGCUGCACAUCUUCAUACUCUAACCGAGACCCCCGUCACGAACAUCGUCUAAACGAUCCAUCCAGUCAUGUCUCUGAUUCUUCUUGUUCUCAUACCAGUCGCCGCCUUCAUUCUCUUCCUCAUCGUUCUUCUCUUCAUAUUCUUCUCAAUUCCGUCUCGUCGUGAUUUCCAUUUCUUCCGAAGACAUGCAAUUGUCACUGGUGGAUCUAAAGGAAUCGGUUUUCAGCUUGCUGUUGGACUUAUUGAACGUGGAUGUCACGUUACUAUUGUAGCCAGAAAUGUCAAAGAUUUGGAGAAAGCCUGCGCCGACCUCCAAGUGCUCGCCGAUCAACGUGGUCAACGUCAGAAAGUCCAUUGGAAAUCGAUCGAUAUGACGGGCGGUUAUGACGUAAUCAAGUCGGCUUUCGACGAUGCGGCCCGCGAACUCGGCCCAAUCGAUAUUUUAAUCAAUA